UCGGCUCAUCGGCGGGAUUGCGCCAAUUGUCGCAUUCACUCAGUCCAUUCUCGCUUGCGCGACGGCCGCAUUUCUACACUCCCUCACCUCUUAUACCACAGACGCCUUCCGCGCUCUGAAACCCGAAGUAUCUCAAUAUGUCGCGAAGUCUGCCUACGAAACGGAAUCCCCUCAUCUCGCGGGAUUCGGCGCCUUCUUUUGAAGACUUGCUCGGCCUCCGCCGACUGGGCAAGACGAAACUCACAGUCAAGCCUGGACAAGUAGGUACUUCAAACGCCACAAAGGCUGAGAACCUGGGUCCUUUCGAAUAUGCGCACCUCCGAGCUCCUCUGCCGGAUGAUCUGAGCGGUUCCGAAAUCUUUGCUACUCAAUCGAACCAAGCUCAUCCCGAAACAUACUUCCUAAUGAGAAGAAGCAAGGAUGGUUUCGUGAGCGCCACUGGCAUGUUCAAGAUUGCAUUCCCUUGGGCUACCCAUACGGAAGAAAAGGAAGAGCGGGACUACCUCAAAUCACUCGAUUCGACCAGUCAAGAUGAAAUAGCUGGCAAUGUCUGGAUAACGCCCGAAUUCGCUCUUGAACUUGCUGAAGACUACGGUCUGAACGAAUGGGUACGGGCACUUCUGGAUCCAUCUGAGAUAUCUCAAACGCCUUCAAGCACCAAGAAGCCGAUUAAUCCACCACCUAAGUUCGACCUGCCCACGGAUAAUACAAAGCUAGCUCCGCCUGCCAAAGCGCCGCGGGCUAGAUCAGUCAGAUCUGCAUCUCCCAGCAAGAUGGCCACUCCCGCCAAACCUGGCAAGGCUGCAUCGCCGCGCAAGAGACAGACUAAAGCUCAGAAAGAAGCCAAUCUCGCCCAUGCAAACGCUGCAAGUGCCAGCUUGCAAUCAGCAUUGGAUGAUGCAGCGUCUGUAGCAGAGACAGAGACAAAACCUGAGUUGGCCGGGCCCCUCGAUCUAGCUCCUGCUGCACACGAAGAAACGGUCAAGGUUCAAGUCGACCAGUCAGUAGAGGUGGACGGCACGACGGAGACCACACAUACAAACGUGACGGUGGAGAUGCCGGCUGGUUCACCUGAAUUACCCCUGCCCGAAGAUACGGAAAAGAUGCUCGAAACUGCCAGAAAAAUGGUCGAAGAGGCCAAAUCGCUUGAGGCCUCGCCAAAGGUUACGAGAAAGCGCAAGGCUCAAGAACCCGAACCGUCUGAUAUCGAUGCGGAGUUGCCCCUCCAGCCGGCCAAGAAGGCCAGAAUAUUGGAAGAGAAACUGAAGAGGGAGAAGGUGAGGACGAGGGCGGUCCUAGGUGUCACUGCCACGUUGGCCAUUGCUGCUGCUAUUCCUUACUUUUUCUGAAUAAUAAUCGUCAGAAGGCCACAGUAUGACUUCUUCGAACUUUUGUUGGAAUUUACUUCGAGAGAUACCUGGUGCUCAGAUGACCCAGAGGAGGCAGCCCAGUCGAAUAGUGCACAUCACCCUCUUGGGAUCUGGGAGCGCGCCGAGUCGCAUU